AUGUCCAUGAGCUCUUGUUUCUUUGAACCUUAUGGCCGCCAGGUCCGCGCGCUGUUUUGGGUGAUUGUGACGCUGACCUUGGUGAUUUAUGUGAUGUCUUUGGGCCUGCGCACGACCAUUCAAGCGGUGUCUCAAGAUACCCUGACUCACUGCGGCUACGGUGACCUCUUUGACCUGGACGAAUUACCCGUCAGUAGUCAGACUGGAACCACCUGCAAGCUCCACUACAUGUAUGGCGAGGAAUAUUGCGCUUCAGUCAUCGGCUGCAUGUUCUCGAUUUUUAGAUGCAUUGUCGGCGAGUGUACUACAAAAGGUGGACGAUCGCUGACAAUGAUUUUCAGUGAUGGCUUUGGCGUCCGAUUUGAUGUCUUCUACGCGGGGACGAUGAUCAUAGUCUUAAUGGGUCUCUUCAACAUCAUUACUGCCAUCUUCGUUGAAGCAACCUUGAAUGGUUUAAAAGAAAACGAGACACACCGUCGAUAUGCGAAGGCAUAUGAGUCAAGCUACAUGACGGAACAGCUGGCCAAGCUUGUGAUGGUCCUGUCCUCGCAAGUGCAGAAAAUGCGCAAUAGGAAUCAUUCUUUACCAGGUUUGCUUGGAGAGUCCAUGCUGCCUGGCGCAAUCAUGACGAUCAGGGAGACCAUGGCGGCGGCGGGCGGCGUUGACUCCGAGAGCCCAGCCGCCACGAACGCAAACCUUCAUGCGGAAGAGACCUACUUGAGUGAAGAAGAGUUCAAUCAGCUGAUCCGAAUGCCGGAGGUGCGAAUGCUGCUCAACGAGCUGGACGUGAACGUGGAGCCUCGGCCUGGGGUCUUUGAGGCUUUCAACACGGAAGAAGACGGCACCGUGUCCAUUUCGGAGCUGGUGUCUGGACUCAUGCGGUUGCGAGGCGACCUGCACAAGGUUGACCUGGUCAUUGCGCAGAUGGGCCUUGAGAAUCUUCAGAAGCAGAUUCUAGAAGUGAAGAAUUCCAACACGCAGAUUGCACGGAAGAUAGGUGCGUUCAACACGAAAAGAAGCGCAACUCUCAGCCGGGUGUCCUCUGAAAUCUAA